AUGUUCUCCAAAGGCCGGACGUAUUCUCGCUUUCGUUUCCAUUUCAGCCGUGUUUUACUUUUGGCGUUCUUGCUGAACUCAGUAAACUCUCCAACUCAGGCUUUCUUUCUGCCGGGAGAAUGUGUAGAGGUACUGAAAAAUCCCAGCUUGGCAGCACUAAAAAAUGAUCCAAAGUUCCAAAUGAACCUAAAAGACUGUAUGCAGAGAAUAGUCAUGGGUUUGCGGCAAACCAACUGGAAAGCAGUGCAAGUCUCGAUCCCUAAAGAUUUGAAAGAUCUUAUUGGAAAGAUUCCAAACUUGAUGGAAAAGGCAGUUCCCUAUACGGGUACAGAGCUUGUGCUGUUGUCUUUUUAUUUAGUGGGCAAGAGUAUAGAGUUGUAUCAGAAUGCAGUGGAUUUGGAAAUAGACUACAGACGGCACCACAUUGUUUUCCCAAAGGAGGAACUAACAAUCAUUAUAGAUUCAAUAGAGAACGAUUUCUUGCCACAGUUUCAAAAUGGUAACACUGCCAGCAUACCACGAAAAAUUAAGAAGCUGAGUCAAAUGCUGAGUCGAUAUUUGAAGGUGCUAGAGGAUUUGCUUCAAUCUGUUUACAAGGAUGUGAAGAAAGGCACUAGCAACAGAAUAUGGUCUGCUGCAUACGGUUCUGCUGCCGUUGCUGUGUGUGGUUCCUCGUUCAUCGGUGGGAAUCCUGUGGUAAUCACUAUUACAUGCGGUGCUGGUAUUGGUACUGCAACGAAGUUUUAUGACACCUACAUAUAUACAGGCAAGACGCUUGAAAAGUUAGAUCUGCUAUGGAAAGAGGCCGCGGAGAUGCGUAAGAAGAUCGGCAAGUACAAUGUCAUUCUUGAGCUCAUGCAGUUGAGAGAUGAAGACUAA